UGUUACGCAAGUUACAUGCUGUAUCAGAGUUCAGCUGUGAUUCCAGUCAGUGAGGGACAGGGUUUGCUGUUGAGCAGGAAGCACGAUAUGUGCAGUCUAAUGUUCAUUUUAUGCAGGCAGUAACCCUCUAGACAGCUCUUUCGGCGACAGUUUGUGGACUUUGUUUGCAGUCGGGACAAUGUCUGAAGACAAGAGCUGUAGUGCUAAAAGCUUCGCUGAUACCACCAUUCACGUGGACGUCAAGGAUUAUUAUGGCAAGGUGCUGAAGAAAUCCUCAGACUUGAAGAGCAACGCCUGUGUGGCUCCAGCCCAGCGCAUCCCUGCCUUCAUCCGCCAGGCUCUGAAGAAAGUGCACCCUGAAGUCACUGACAGGUACUAUGGCUGUGGUCUGGUGGUGCCAGAGUGUUUGGAGGGCUGCAGGAUACUGGACCUGGGCAGUGGAAGUGGGAGGGACUGCUACAUGCUGAGUCAGCUGGUGGGCGAGAAUGGUCAUGUCACCGGCAUUGACAUGACUGAGGACCAGCUCGAAGUGGCCAGAAAAUACGUUGAUUACCACAUGCAAGAAUUUGGCUACAAGAAGCCCAAUGUCAGUUUCGUCCAGGGCUACAUUGAGGCCCUAACAGAGGCGGGUCUGGAAAGGAGCUCAUUUGAUAUCAUCAUUUCCAACUGUGUGGUGAAUCUCUCUCCAGACAAAAAGCAAGUACUGGCUGAAGCCUACCAUGUACUCAAGGAUGGUGGUGAGCUGUACUUCAGUGACGUCUACAGCAGUGGAAGACUAACAGAGGAAAUUAAAAAUCACAAAGUGCUGUGGGGUGAGUGUCUUGGUGGAGCUCUCUGGUGGAAGGAUCUGCUGCGAUUGGCUGAGGAAGUGGGCUUCAGCCCCCCGAGGCUGGUUACAGCCAAUGUCAUCACUGUUGACAACAAAGAGCUGCAAGACAUUCUGGGUGACUUCAAGUUUGUCUCUGCCACGUACCGCCUGUUUAAGCUCCCUAAGGGCAGCACCAAGCCCUGUCAGGUUAUAUAUAAUGGGAGCAUUACAGGGGUAGAGGACAGCUUCCAGUUUGACUGUCAGUACACCUUCAAGGCCGAAGAAGUGGUGGAGGUGGAUGGAGAGGUGGCCAGCAUCCUGACCCAUUCCAGAUUCGCAGAAGACUUCACUUUCCAGCCACCGGGAGGCCCCUGUGGGCCCUGUGGAGUCAAACCUAAGGCAGGCAGCGUGGAUCCUUUCGAGCUGGUCUUGCAGCUGGAUAAAGAAAGUCCAGGUUCAGCCACAGGGGGAUGCUGCAGCACACAGUCUGUUGCCUGCUGCAAGUGAUGGUGGGAAGAGAGCAGAGAGCAUCAUAACAUUAUCAUAACAGUAGUUAAAAUGACCUAAGAUUUUAACAGUGGAAAUUAUUCCUUACCUUAAUAAGAUAAGCAUAUAAUUUAUUGUCAUAAUUAUGUUUCAUAAACAGAAUGACAGCUUUGUAUCAAGGCAAAAACCAAAUACCCAAAAUUCAUAAUUUUAAAAACAAUCUUGAGCAGUAUUAGAAACUGUAAAAUAAUGUGGUGCCUUCAUUUUAUAAUGCUUUUUUUCAUUUGCAUUUACAUUUCUACAAUAGUAGAUAUCUGAAUUUCAUACCUGUUCUUUUCACACCUUCAUCAUGACUGUGCCAUCUUUGCCUAAGAAAUGACACUACCUCUGUUGUAAUACCUCUAAUUUAACAGACUUAUUUAGGUAGUUUAUUGAUAGGUUUUUACAUAAUGUGUUCUAAUUAAUAUUAGCAUUAUUAAUUAUGGUGUUAAUUUCUGUUACAGGACAAUAAAUAUUGUUGAUCAUACUGUA